GGAGCCAGCGGCGGUAAGCUCGGCCCUAGCGGCCCGCGCGAGGGUUGGGUCUCGGCGGCCUUCUCCCGCCCGCGCGGCGCGUGGUGUACGCGGCGGUUGCUGGGCGCCAGGGCUGCUCCCGGGGUAGCGAGGGAUGCUGAAGGAAUUGUAGGUAAUUCGCAAGUAAGAAAAAAGAGGUCUGUCAGUCAAGAUUGACUGCAAAAGUAAUUUUAUUAAGGGCAGACUGUUGUACAAACGGUGACUAUCUGCAGAUGAACCUUAACAUGCUCUUGUGACUGGAGAUGGAGUUGGCUCACAAAAUUCCAGUUUACUGAAGAGGGAACUAAACACAGAUUAAACAGUACCUGAACUUAGUAUAAUAUACAUUCAGUAAAUAUUGAAGGAAUAAAUGGAUGAGAUCCUCAAGGAGUCAUGCCUUAUACACCUUUGUAGUCCCUGGACGCAGAGCCAAGUCUAGCUCCAGGAAGUUCGCAAAUGUGAGAGAGGUUGAGUGACUCACUCAGGAACGGGAGUUCACAUGUACACCACAGAAUCACAAAAUGAACAUCUGGAGGAUAAACACACCCCAUCAUCUACAACUUCUCAGAUCCUCAAAGAUAGUAAUAUUAGUGAACAUGAAGAAACUAAGGAAACAGUCUUGUCACAAACAGAGGAAACAAAACCACAGAUGGAAAAGACUUGUUCUUGUCCUCCACAAGGAAAACUGAAUAAAUUUAUUACAAAUGGAGUUACAAUUUUUAUGGUAUGGUGUGUAGCCUGGUCAUUCUUUGGCACUGAAGUUCUCCCUGGUGGAAAUUUAUUUGGACUAUUAAUGAUCUUUUAUAGUGCUAUUAUUGGGGGGAAGCUUUUGGAACACAUUAGAAUACCUUCAGUACCUCAACUUCCACCUCUUAUUGGGAUGUUAUUGGCUGGUUUUACUGUCAGAAAUAUUCCAUUCCUCAGUAAUUACAUCCGUAUUAAUAACAAGUGGUCUUCAGCUUUAAGAAACUGUGCCCUUACCAUUAUCCUAAUACAAGCUGGACUUGGACUCGAUCCACAGGCUUUGAAGCAUUUGAAGAGAGUUUGUUUAAGGUUGGCUAUUGGUCCUUGCCUCAUGGAGGCAUGUUCGACUGCUGUUAUUUCCCACUUCAUUAUGAAAUUUCCCUGGGAAUGGGGAUUUCUGUUGGGUUUUGUAGUAGGUGCUGUCUCUCCUGCUGUGGUUGUCCCUUCCAUGCUCCUUUUGCAAGAAAAUGGAUAUGGCAUUAAGAAAGGCAUCCCAACAUUACUAAUGGCUGCUAGCAGUUUAGAUGACAUCAUAGCAAUCACUGGAUUCAAUACAUGCUUGAGCAUCGUCUUCUCCUCAGAUACUAUACUUAAUAAUGUCCUUGCCUCUUUUCGGGACGUACUUAUUGGCAUGCUGGCAGGAGCUGUUCUGGGAAUGUUUGUUCAGUAUUUUCCCAGUGGAGAUCAGACAAGACGUCCAGUGAAGAGAGCUUUCUUUAUUUUGAGUAUGUCUCUUACUGCUGUCUUGGGCAGCCAGCGUAUUGGUUUACAUGCAGCUGGAGGACUAUGCACACUAGCAUUAACUUUUGUUGCAGGGAUGAACUGGUCCACAGAAAAGAUUAGAGUCCAAAGAAUUAUUAAAACUACAUGGCAUAUUUUUCAACCCCUUCUUUUUGGUUUGGUUGGAUCAGAAGUAUCUGUUGCAUCUCUUAAAUCAAAUGCUAUUGGCAUUUGUGUUGCUACCGUGAGUUUGGCAUUAUUGAUUCGAAUUUCUUUUACAUUUGUAUUGAUGUGUUUUGCUGGCUUCAAUUUUAAGGAGAAAAUAUUUAUCGCUUUAUCGUGGAUGCCCAAAGCUACGGUCCAGGCUGUAUUAGGUCCUCUGGCUCUAGAAACAGCAAGAAUCAGCGCACCCCACUUGGAACCAUAUUCGAAGGAUGUGAUGACAGUGGCAUUUUUAGCCAUCUUGAUCACAGCUCCAAAUGGAGCUCUAAUUAUUGGCAUACUGGGACCCAAAGUACUUACACGCCAUGAUCCAAACAGCAUCAGUAUGGAACUGACAGAGAUGGAACUUCAUUAAAAAGUUUAUGUGCCUUCUUCUUUUAAUAUAUUAUCUUACAUGAGAGAAAAAUUAAAACAUACAAAUAUGUGGAGAUUGUACAUAGUACCAAGGAUUUAAUAAAUAUGUGGUUUCAUUACA